UGCAGACUGUCCGGAGACAGAGCCGCAGGGACGUCUCCAGUUGACUCACGGCCGGAUGUGGUUGGCGCCGGAAGAGAAGCGUGGAGUAGGGCAUGUUCCCGAUUUGAGGUGAAACCAUGAGGAGGAGACAGAACAAAUAAUAAUGCUUUUCCGCAAUCGCUUCUUGCUGCUGCUGGCGCUCGCUGCGCUGCUGGCCCUCCUGAGCCUCAGCCUGCAGUUCUUCCACCUGAUCCCGGUGUCCGUAGCUAAGAAUGGAGUGAGUAGCAAGAGUCGGAAGAGAAUCAUGCCCGACCCUGUGACGGAGCCCCCCGGGAUGGACCCGCUUUACGAAGCUCUCUUGUAUUGCAACAUCCCCAGUGUGGCCGAGCGCAGCAUGGAAGGUCAUGCUCCGCAUCAUUUUAAGCUGGUCUCGGUGCAUGUGUUCAUUCGACAUGGGGACAGAUAUCCACUGUAUGUCAUUCCCAAAACAAAGCGACCAGAAAUUGACUGCACUCUAGUGGCUAACAGGAAACCGUAUCACCCGAAGCUGGAAGCUUUCAUUAGUCACAUGUCAAAAGGAUCCGGAGCCUCUUUCGAAAGCCCCCUACAUUCCCUGCCUCUUUUCCCCAAUCACCCGCUCUGUGAGAUGGGAGAGCUCACACAGACAGGAGUUGUGCAGCAUCUGCAGAAUGGCCAGCUGCUGAGGGACAUCUACCUAAAGAAACACCAACUCCUGCCCAGUGACUGGUCCCCCGACCAGCUCUACUUAGAGACCACGGGGAAAAGCCGGACGCUGCAGAGCGGGCUGGCCCUGCUGUACGGCUUUCUCCCCGACUUCGACUGGAAGAAGGUCUAUUUCAGGCACCAGCCCAGCGCUCUGUUCUGCUCCGGAAGCUGCUACUGCCCCGUGAGAAACCACUACCUGGAAAAGGAGCAGCGCCGGCAGUACCUCUUACGCCUGAAGAACGGCCAGCUGGAGAGGGCCUACGGGGAGAUGGCCAAGGUGGUGGACAUCCCCACCAAGCAGCUGCGGGCCGCCAACCCCAUCGACUCCCUGCUCUGCCACUUCUGCCACAACCUCAGCUUCCCCUGCACCGGACACGGCUGCAUCGACAUGGAGCACUUCAAGGUGAUCAAGACCCAUCAGAUGGAGGACGAGAGGGAGAGGCGGGAGAAGAAACUGUAUCUGGGGUACGCGCUCCUGGGCGCCCACCCCAUCCUGAACCAGACCGUCGGCCGCAUGCUGCGAGCCGCCGAGGGCAGGAGCGAAGAGGUCUUCGCCCUCUAUUCUGCUCACGACGUCACUCUGUCCCCGGUCCUCAGCGCCCUGGGCCUGGCGGAAGCCAGGUUCCCGAGGUUCGCGGCCAGGCUGAUCUUCGAGCUCUGGCAGGACAGGGACGAGCCCCGGGAGCACGCCGUGCGGGUUCUCUACAACGGCGUCGACGUCACGUUCCACACCUCCUUCUGCCAGGACCACCGCCGGCGCUGGCCCAAGCCCAUGUGCCCCCUCGACAACUUGGUCCGCUUCGUCAGAAGGGACAUGCUGGUGGGCCUGGGGACUGGUAGCACUAAUUAUUAUGAUGCCUGUCACCGGCAAGGAUUCUAAGAGGUGCAGAGUCCAGCACUCGCAGAGUCUAUGUCGAAACAGAGGGGUGGGAAAGGUACACGUCUCGUUCCAGCCUUCGCUAAGGGUACAAGGUUAUUGAUUUCCAUGGCUAGACACUGCGCUUGGGAGCCACACAGAUGGUUUUCGGUUGAACAAUGAGGACGUUGUUGAAUUCGGGUUCGGGAGUUCCUUGAUACACAAUGGCCAAUUCACAGAAAGAGGAAGGUACUUUAUCAUAGCCAGACUUUGCUUAACUAUGCCAGACUAUUUUAAUACUCAGAGUUGCCAGCCCACAUGUGUAUUCUUCUGACCUGCCAGUGGUACCAGCAAACCUCAGCCCAAAUGUGCUUAAUCUGGGACCAUCUUACCUUGUCCUUGUUCGGUGAAAAAUUUCCCAAGUAAUUUAUGUAAAAUAGGGCUUGACAGACCUUUUUCUGUACAAGGCCAGAGAGUAGAUAGUUUAGACUGUGCAGACCAAAAAGCCACACACAGUCUCCUGUCACAGCUCUUUCGUUCUGCUCUUGUCACGGGAAAGCAACCACAGACAGGUACAUCCAGCGCGCACAGGUCGCACAAAACA